GGCGAUGAUUCGAUGAGUGUGGCGAAGCUCUCGAUUGUUGAACUGGUGGACCUUUGGAUUAUAAACCGAUAACCUAGCUGUCCGUCUGGCUGCAUUGUUUGAGCAUCCGGAUACGUCACUGUUCUGUGCGGCGAGGAUUGCCCCGCGCAUCAGAGCUGUCAAUCAUCUGUCUAGCUGGAUGAUAUUUGUUCGAGUUUGCAAAUAUGUCUUUACGCGCAAGGAAUAAAAUCCGUGCUCCGCGCAGGGGCAUGACAGGGAGCAAAACCAACGACUUUGAAACAAGCUGGGCCGAACUUUCUACCUCGCUAAAGAAAAUUCAUACUAAAGAUGCCUCGGCUUUGUCUUUUGAGGAAAUAUAUCGCAAGUCCUACAACAUCGUCCUGGGAAUGCGUGGAACGGAAUUGUACGAACGGAUUCAGCAACUGGAACGUGAAUGGUUAGAUACCGAAGUCCACAAAUUGGUGACCGGGGCCAUCUCUCCGAGUCUGCUGCUGGCGAAGCAACUGGUGGAUGCGCAGGACCAGGCCAAUGAGCGGCGAGAUGCAGGAGAGAGAUUUCUGGCAGUGCUCAAGGAAGCUUGGGAGGAUCAUCAGCUAUGUAUGAAGAUGAUCACGGAUGUUCUUAUGUAUAUGGACCGUGUUAUGUCGACGGACCAUCGAAAGCCAUCCAUUUAUGUGGCAUCAAUGGCGUUGUUUCGAGACCAUGUGCUUCGCGCCCCCAUUCGACCUGACACCACGACGAGCGUAUACGAUGUAUUGGAGUCGACUGUGCUGUUCAUGCUACAACUGGAACGGUCUGGGCAUAUAAUCGACAGGCCCCUGAUCAGACACUGCGUGUAUAUGCUGGAGGGGCUCUACGAGACUAUUACAGAGGAGGAAUCAUCAAAGUUGUACCUCACGGUCUUUGAGCCGGCAUUCUUGGAAGCCAGCAAGAAAUUCUACCAGGUUGAGGGGCGGCGAUUGCUGGAGACUGGUGAUGCUGCAACCUUUUGCAAGGUCGCCACAGAGCGUCUCUCGGAAGAGACGGAGAGGUGUAUUGACACGCUGUCAUCACUCUCAAAAACGAAGAUCAAGGAUGUCCUCGAUAAUGAACUGAUAAAGAACAACAUCGCCGAGGUGGUCAAUCUCGAGGGUACCGGUGUUAGAACCAUGCUGGACAAUGAUCGCAUCGAUAAUCUACGAAGCGUUUACGUGCUCAGCGCAAGAGUAGACAGCAAGAAGACCCCUUUGACUACUGCCGUGCAGAGGCGGAUCGUCGAGAUGGGCAAGGAAAUCAAUGCCUCUGCAAUUGCAUCGCAAGUCUCGGCCAGUGCUGCAGGCAAGAAGCCCGAACCUGGUGAAAAGAAGCCAGCAGAGAAACCGGUGAACCAACAAACAGUGGCUGCCAUUAAAUGGGUGGACGAUAUCCUGCGUCUGAAGCAGAAGUUCGACAAUAUCUGGGAGAAUGCAUUCGAGUCUGAUCAGGUCCUGCAGAGCGCGAUAACCAGCAGCUUCUCGGAGUUCAUCAACUUUUCUCAAGGUGGAGACUCGCGCAGUUCCGAAUACCUCUCCUUAUUCUUCGACGAGAAUCUGAAGAAGGGCAUCAAGGGCAAGACAGAUGCCGAGAUUGAUAUUUUGCUGGACAACGGAAUCACGCUGCUGCGUUACAUCAAAGACAAGGACAUGUUUGAGGCAUACUACAAGAAACAUCUCUCUCGUCGUCUGCUGAUGAAGCGCUCCGUGAGCAUGGAUGCUGAGCGACAGAUGAUCUCGAAAAUGAAGAUGGAAGUGGGCAACCAGUUCACACAGCGCCUGGAGUCUAUGUUCAAGGACAUGACCAUCUCUGAGGAUCUGACGUCGAGCUACAAGGAACACAUGCGACAGUCCAGCGACCCCGACCAAAAGCGAAUUGAAUUGGACAUCAACGUGCUCACCAGUACGAUGUGGCCCAUGGAGAUCAUGUCCAACGCCAGAAAUGACGAGGUUCAACUACCCCCUAUCCUUCCCAAGGAGGUCGACAGCGUCAAGCAAAGCUUCGAACAGUUCUAUCUUGGCAAGCACAACGGCCGCAAGCUGUCGUGGCAAGCCAGCAUGGGCACGGCCGAUAUCCGCGCCACCUUCCAACGGGCCAAUGGCAAGGUCCAGCGUCACGAACUCAAUGUCUCUACCUACGCCAUGAUCAUUCUGCUGCUUUUCAACGACGUGCCCGCGGGCGAGUCACUUACCUACACUGAGAUCCAAGAACGCACUCGUAUCCCUGACCACGAUCUUAUCCGAAACUUGCAAUCAUUGGCCGUCGCACCCAAGACUCGUGUCCUGAAGAAAGAUCCCAUGAGCAAGGACGUCAAGCCCACAGACAAGUUCGUCUUUAACAACGAGUUCCAAAGCCCCUUCAUGAAGGUCCGCAUUGGCGUUGUCAGCGGCAGUGCCAACAAAGUCGAGAAUCAAGACCAGCGCAAGGAGACGGAGAAGAAGAUGAGUGAGGAGCGCGGAGCCAGCAUCGAGGCUGCCAUUGUCAGAAUCAUGAAACAACGAAAAACACUAAUCCACUCGCAACUCAUGACCGAGGUGCUCUCUCAGCUAUCCGCACGAUUCGUCCCCGACGUCAACAUGAUCAAAAAGCGCAUUGAGAGCUUGAUUGAUCGCGAGUAUCUCGAGCGAGUGGAAGAGGAUCCUCCUACUUACGGAUACGUGGCGUAGCCGAUCUUCCUCUCUGCUAGUUUUCUAUUCAUUUUCACGGUUGUUUCCUUUUGUUUCAUCGGUGGCGUUGAGCAUACUGAGCAUGAAUGGCCUUGGACUUGAGCGGCGAUGGCGCACGGUAUGGACACGGAAUGAAAGCGUUUCAGCCUACAUAGAUGUUGGUUGUUUUAUCUAACUUGAUGCGGAUGUUUUACAAUGGUGGGUGGUGUAUCAGGACAAGCGAAGUGAUAUGCAGUGAUGAGUGAUGAUGCAUUGAUGAUUGAUACUGAG